AUGGCUGGAGGUGGCUAUGUCCCCGAUAGCGGAACAAAGCAGUUCCAAGGCCGCGUCACCGGGUUCGUGCUCAUCGCCUGCAUAGUUGCAGCAUGUGGAGGUCUGAUCUUCGGGUACGACAUCGGGAUCUCGGGUGGUGUCACCUCCAUGGAUUCGUUCUUGAGCAAGUUCUUCCCUUCCGUGUACAGGAAGGAAAAAGAAGGCCACCACGAGAGCAUGUACUGCAAAUUCGACAGCCAUCUCCUCACAUUGUUCACCUCAUCCCUCUACCUCGCCGCCCUGUUCGCCUCCGCGGUCGCAGCCUAUGUCACCAAGGUUUUCGGCCGAAAGAUCUCGAUGCUGUUCGGAGGCAUCGUGUUCCUCGCCGGAGCGAUCCUCAACGGUGUAGCAGUCGACGUGGCGAUGCUCAUCGUCGGUCGCCUGCUUCUCGGUGUUGGGGUCGGGUUCGCCAACCAGUCUGUCCCGCUCUAUCUGUCCGAGAUGGCGCCUUCCCAGCUCAGGGGAGCUCUCAACAUCGGAGCAUCCUUGGGGCUCGCUGCGGUUCCUGCCAUCAUGAUCACCGUGGGGUCCAUCUUUCUGCCGGACACCCCGAACUCGAUCCUGGCACGGGGCAACACGGAGAAGGCGAGGGAGAUGUUGAAGAAGAUCCGCGGCACUGACAAUGUGGACGAGGAGUUCCAGGACCUGAUCGACGCGACCCAUGCUGCAAUGAGAGUGGAUGGCCAGUGGUCGACCAUCUUGAAGCCGGAGUACAGGCCUCAUUUGGCUAUCUGCUUCCUUGUGCCUUUCUUCCAGCAGUUCACUGGGAUCAAUGUGAUCAUGUUCUACGCGCCAGUCCUGUUCAAGACUCUGGGAUUCGGUGACGAUGCUUCCCUCAUGUCUGCUGUCAUCACUGGCCUUGUCAAUGUCUUUGCCACCUUCAUUUCGAUCUUGGCGGUGGAUAGGUUGGGGAGAAGGGCUCUGUUCCUGGAAGGAGGCAUUCAAAUGAUUGUUAGUCAGGUGCUUGUUGCAGUGAUGAUCGCGAAGGCAUUUGGGUCUGCAGGAGUUGGGGUGAUGUCUAAAGCCGACUCGCUGCUCGUGCUGAUCCUGAUCUGCUUCUAUGUGGCGGCAUUUGCGUGGUCAUGGGGGCCGUUGGGGUGGCUGGUGCCGAGCGAGAUCUGCCCUCUGGAGAUCCGAUCAGCGGGACAGGCCAUCAAUGUGGCUGUGAACAUGGCCUUCACGUUCAUCAUCGGCCAGUUCUUCCUCACCAUGCUCUGCCACAUGAAGUUUGGGCUUUUCCUCUUCUUCGCCUGCUGGGUGGUGGUGAUGACGCUCUUCAUCUACUUCUUCCUACCGGAGACCAAGAACGUCCCCAUUGAAGAGAUGAACAAUGUAUGGAGGAAGCACUGGUUCUGGGGACAGUAUAUCCCGGACGAUGCUGUGAUUGGCACCGCCAGCAGUACCAAGAUCAAGGAUAUGGAGGCUUGA